AUGAGAUUAGAAUAUAGAGUUCUAGAAAUAACCCAGGGAGAUGAGCAAGAGUGUAUCUUCUGUUUUCUAGAUUUUGAUGGCCCAACUCUCCUUAAUUUUGAUACUGCUCCUGCUACUCAUCAAAUGGUGGCUCAUAAUACUCCUGAUG